AUGACCGCCGGAACAGCAAUCUCCGCCACCGGUCUUGACACGAUAGACGCCAAAGACUGGUCCAGGCGGCUCUAUCGAGAAACCGCGGCCGAACGAGCAGAACAGCCGGCCGAGAACAUCCGUCCCGCGGUCGGCCAACAUCCGAACAUUCGUCCGAUCCGGGAAGCAUCGUCCCGCGGUCGGCCAAACCAGAAUCACACGCCCGAAGAUGCGCACGACCAUACCGCGCGAACAGGAAGGCAACGCCUCGCGGCCGCGCGGCACAACUCACGUACCGCGGCCGAUCGCGCCGUCCGACCAGGAAGCCUCGUCCCACGUCCGGCCGAAAACCUUGGCCAAUCAUCCACCGGCCGAACCCGACGAACGAUGCGAAAACUCUCGGCCACGAUCGACCCGACCGUGCCGAUAGCCGACACGACCCGACAGCCGGCCGAACGUCCCGACCGACCGUCCGAACGGUCCGGUCGACCCGAAGCCGUUUUGAAGCCCGUUUCACACGUUUCAAGCCCAAUGUCAGCGCCGACUUACUAG